AUGAUCUAUAUCUAUGUAAUACUAAAGUAUGUGAAUCGUGCGUGCGUAAGCCGUCGGGUGCAUAAAGAUUUAAGAUUCUUUCCAGCUCUCUCUCUCUCUCUUUCUACAUCUCCUUCUUCCCAGCUCCCUCUCUUUCCAACUUCUUCCCAGCUCGCCCUUUUUCCAGCUCUCCCUCUUUCCAGCUUCUUCCCAGCUCUCCCUCUUUCCAGCUUCUUCACAGCUCUCUCUCUUUCCAGCUUCUUCCCAGCUCUCCCUCUUUCCAGCUUCUUCCCAGCUCUCCUUAUUUCCAGCUCUCCCUCUUUCUACCACUCCCUCUUUCUACCACUCCCUCUUUCAGCUUCUUUCCAGCUCUCCCUCUUUCCAGUUCUCCUUCUUUCCAGCUAUCCAUCAUUUCAGCUUCUUCCCAGCUCUCCCUCUUUCUACCACUCCCUUUUUCCAGCUCUCCUUCUUCCCAGCUCUCCCUCUUUCAACCUCUCCCUCUUUCCAGCUUCUUCCCAGCUCUCCUUCUUCCCAGCUCUCCUUCUUCCCAGCACUCCUUCUUCCCAGCUCUUCCUCUAUCUACCUCUCCCUCUUUCCAGCUUCUUCUCAGCUCUCCCUCUUUCUACCACUCCCUUUUUCCAGCUCUCCCUCUUCCCAGCUCUCCUUUUUCCCAGCACUCCUUCUUCCCAGCUCUCCCUCUUUCUACCUCUCCCUCUUUCCAGCUUCUUCCCAGCUCUCCCUCUUUCUACCACUCCCUCUUUCCAGCUCUCCCUCUUCCCAGCUCUCUUCUUCCCAGCUCUCCUUCCUCCCAGCUCUCCCUCUUUCUACCACUCCCUCUUCCCAGCUCUCCCUCUUUAUACCUCUCCCUCUUUCCAGCUUCUUCCCAGCUCUCCUUCUUCCCAGCUCUCUUUCUUCCCAGCUCUCCCUCUUUCUACCUCUCCCUCUUUCCAGCUUCUUCCCAGCUCUCCCUCUUUCUACCACUCCCUUUUCCAGCUCUCCCUCUUCCCAGCUCUCCUUCUUCCCCCAGCUCUCCUUCUUCCCAAAAUCCUUCUUCCCAGCUCUCCCUCUUCAGUACCACUCCUCUUCCCAGCUCCCCUCUUUCCAGCUUCUUCCCAGCUCUCCUCUUUUCUACCACUCCCUUUUCCAGCUCUCCCUCUUCCCAGCUCUCCUUCUUCCCAGCUCUCCCUCUUCCCAAUAGUCUCCUCUUUCCUUCUUCCCAGCUCUCCCUCUUUCUACCACUCCCUUUUUCCAGCUCUCCUUCUUCCCAGCUCUCCUUCUUCCCAGCUCUCCCACUUUCUACCUCUCCCUCUUUCCAGCUUCUUCCCAGCUCUCCCUCUUUCUACCACUCCCUUUUUCCAGCUCUCCCUCUUCCCAGCUCUCCUUCUUCCCAGCUCUCCCUCUUUCUACCUCUCCCUCUUUCUACCACUCCCUUUUUCCAGCUCUCCCUCUUCCCAGCUCUCCUUCUUCCCAGCUCUCCCUCUUUCUAUCUCUCCCACUUUCUAUCUCUCCCUCUUUCUACCUCUCCCUCUUUCCAGCUCUCCUUCUUUCCAGCUCUCCCUUACCGCCUCUCCCCCGCACUAUGUAUUCCUCCGCUCGCUCGACGUCAAAAUAUGUAUUUCUUUUUCUAUAUCUUUGUCUUUCGGCUUAUUUUUUUUUUUUAUUAUCUAUUUUUCUUUUCUCCUCUGCCCGUCUGUUUGUUCUUGUAUUGACCAUUCGUUCGUCUGUAUGCGAAACAAUCCUGAUUAG